UUAGCUUUUCUAUCAUCACACCUCCCUAAAUAUUCCUAUAUAAACCUCCCAAAAUACAAAUAUUGAAGAGCAUUACAACAUUUUCAUGCAAAAUGAGCACGAUAACUAGCGACGCAUCCCAUUCCCUCCCUCAACGCAAUUAUGAUCACCCAAACAGGUCUCUCAUCUUUGACGCAACGGUGCUAAAACACCAGUCCAACAUCCCUCCCCAAUUCAUCUGGCCCGAUAACGACCGCCCUAACCCGAACCCGCUCGAGCUCGACGUCCCCCUCGUUGACCUCCGCGGCUUCCUCUCCGGUGACCCCUCCGCCUCCGAGCAGGCGUCGCACCUCAUCGCCGAGGCCUGCCGCAAGCACGGAUUCUUCCUCGUCGUCAACCACGGCGUCCACGCGGAUCUCAUCGACGACGCGCACCAUUACAUGAAUAGCUUCUUCGAGCAGCCUCUUCAUGAGAAGCAGAGAGCUCUGCGGAAGCAAGGCGAGCAUUGCGGCUACGCCAGCAGCUUCACCGGUAGAUUCUCCUCCAACCUUCCAUGGAAGGAAACUCUCUCCUUCCAAUAUUCGCCGGAGAAAGCUUCGUCUCACAUUGUCGAAAACUACUUCCACACCAAAUUGGGGGAAAAUUUCGCACACUUAGGGAGAGUAUACCAGGACUACUGCAGUGCGAUGAGCAAUCUCUCCCUCGGAAUUAUGGAGAUUUUAGGGAUGAGUUUAGGAGUGGGAAGAGAGCAUUUCAGAAACUUUUUCGAAGAAAAUGAGUCUAUAAUGAGACUGAACUAUUAUCCGCCAUGCCAGAGGCCGGAUCAGACCUUAGGCACCGGACCGCAUUGCGAUCCAACAUCGCUCACCAUCCUUCACCAAGACACCGUCGCCGGUCUGCAAGUCUUCGUCGACGAUCAAUGGCGAUCCAUACGCCCUAACCCGGAGGCCUUUGUAGUCAACAUAGGCGACACUUUUAUGGCGCUUUCAAAUGGGAGAUACAAAAGCUGUUUGCACAGAGCGGUGGUGAACAGCGAGAGUCCACGGAAGUCUCUGGCUUUCUUCUUGUGCCCGAAGAAGGAGAAGGUGGUGGCGCCGCCGCAUGAGUUGGUGGACGGCGAGAAUCUGAGGAUGUACCCUGACUUCCAAUGGCCGGCGCUGCUUGAGUUUACGCAGAAGCAUUAUCGGGCUGAUAUGAAUACGCUGCGAUCUUUCUCGGAUUGGAUAAUAUCAGGAAAACAAUCUAAUUAAUUAAUCCCAUCAAUAAUCGUUUUGUCGACUUUUUCUUUGUUUUAUUGCAUGUCGUCUCCACAAAAGAAAAAAAUGAAUAAACAAAACAAAACAAAAAUAGAUCAAGGUGAAAAUGGAAUCAAGCUUAAGGGAUUAGUAACUUUUGUAGUUUUGGAAAGUUUGUAAUUUCAUAUACUAUAUAUAUGAUGAUGUGUAUAUUACAUCGAUAUGAUUGGACUAUAUAUAUAUA